AUGGAGGUCAAGAAAAAACCAGCUGUAGAUUUGCCAACUUCAGAAACAUUGAGUGUGUUAGAUCAAAAUGAACCUUAAAAUGGUAUAGAAGUAAUUUGUAGAAUUCGUCCUAAAUUUGUUUGUGAAAAUUAUGGUAUGAAUUAUGAGUUCAUUUUAGUAAAUUAUAUGAUUACCGAUAAAAGACUAGAUAUUUAUGAAACCAAUUAUGAUAAUGAGAUAUCUAAUUAAAAAACUUUCACUUUCUCUUAAAUCUAUGAUUAGAAUUCAACAUAGAGAAAUUUACAUCAAGAAUAUGUUAUUCCUAUGAUUAAAGACAUUUUCGAAAAAUGUAUAAAUUAUUUACUACAUUUUAGAAAAGGGAGCACUUGUUUUUACUUAUGGAGUUACAAAUUCUGGUAAAACAUAUACUAUUAUUGGUACUUAAGAAGCUCCUGGAAUUUUACCGCUAACAUUAUAAGCAUUAGACAAAAUAAAAACAGCAUUUCUAUUAAAUAAAACAACAAUUGAAAUUGAUGGGUAAGUAAUAAAAAUCGGAGAAUCUCCUUAUGAUGAUUAUUUCUUAAAAGACAUGAACUACACAUUUUAAUCUUUUGAAAUCUAUAAUGAAGAAAUAUAUGAUUUGUUAGCUAAUAAUAAAACUAAAUUGCAAAUAAAAGAAAUAUAUGAUAAAAAAUGUUAUGUAAAAGAUGCAGUGGAGAAAGAAAUAAAUAAUAAUCAACAAUUUAAAGAAUUUCUUCAAAAAGCCUUAACAAAUAGAUAAAUGGGUGAAACAACAUUAAAUAAUCAAUCAAGUAGAUCACAUACAGUUUUUAAAAUACAGAUAUCUUUUUUAUAUCAAUAAGAUCAAUAUACAAUUUAAAAAAAAUAAACAAUAUGUAUAGUUGAUUUAGCAGGGUCAGAAAGAGCAAAGAAAGCAGAAACUUAAGGUUCUUAACUUACAGAAGCUUGCAAUAUAAAUAAAUCUUUAUUAGUUUUAGGAAAAUGUUUAAAAUAAAUGAGAUAAAAUGAAUCUGAAUAAAAUAGUCGCAUUCCAUUUAGAGAAUGUAAAUUAACUAGAUUAUUGUGUGAAUAUUUUACAGAAGAAAACAGAAUAUUAAUGAUUGUAAAUGUUAGAUUAACUGGAGAUGAUAUUGAAGAAACAUUAAAAGUAUUGCAUUAUGGAGCCUUAAGUGUUAAUGUUAAUUUACUUAAAUCUAAAAUAUAUGAUAGUACAAUUUCUUACAAUUAAAGACUAUAAAUUAGUUAGGCAUAAUUAAUUACAAAUGAUUCCAAAUCAAAAAAAAUACCAAAAAGAAAUGCUAAAGAAAUUAUUAGAAGAGCUAAAAUGUUAGUUUAGAAUACUACUUAACAUAUGCUUUUUUAAUAAACUAUUUAAGAUUCAUUUGUUAAAGAUUUAAUAUCUACUGUUAAAUAAUAAUAAGCUAGAUUAAAGUAAUUUAGUGGAUUAGAUGAUGAAUUAUUUUAUCCUCCUAUUUUAGAAAGUGAUUAAAGAUUAUAAAAAUCCUUAGAUAAAAUAUAAUCUGAUAAAUCACGUUAAGCAUCUUUAGAUAUUUUAGAUAAUAAAGGAUGUGUUUAACAACCUCUUGUUAGCAAUUUUUAAAUUAAUAAUUCAAACCUUAAUAUUUAAGAAGAAAUUCCACUUAGAAAAUCUUAUAUUUAGGAAGAAUAGUAAAUUUUUAAUCAAUCUAAUAAAGAGGCACUUAUUGAUGAAAAUUCUUUCAUAAAUUAAAAGAAAUUAUCAUAAAUAUAAGAGGAAAAAUAAAAUAUUAAUUCCAUUAUAGAAUAACAUUUCAAUUCAUAUGAUGAAUAAGAAGAUUUAUUAAAUGGAUUUAAACAUCUAGAUCUAGAACAAAUUGAUGAAUAAACUGAUGAUAGUAAAUAAUAAUCUAAGUCUCAUUUUAUCAAAUCAAAAGAUAAUUAAGAAAAUGAUAUUAACUUUUUAAAUCAAUAUUCUCAUUAAAAUAUCUAAGAAGAUCUUAUUCAUUCUUCUAAUUAAAAAUUAGACAAAAAUCAUUUUGAUCAAGCAACUAACACAACACCGUAUGAUGAAAUGAAAAAAAAGCUUUUUGGCUAACUUUUUGAAUAAGAACUCUUAAAACAGUAUUUAUUUAUUUUAUUUAUUUAGUUAAGAGGAAAAGGAUAAAUUUAAAUAGGAAGUUAUGAAAAAAUUAUUUAAUGAUGAUGAUUUACAAAAUUUAAUUGAAAAGGAAAAUUAGGAAGAAUUAAUAAAUUUAGAAGAUUCAGCAAAAAAAUAAUAAUAAAGAAACUUAGAAAAGUUGAUAUCAAGCAAUCAUAAAAGUGAUUUAAAAGUUAUUAAUGAAUCUGAUUAAGAACAUGAUUCUUCAGGAGAAAAAAAACAACAACAGACUAAAAAUCUUCGUAAAAAAAAAAAGUAAACUAAAAAAAAAGGAAAAUCCAAAAAAAGAUGA